UUUCCUGCAGAUAGAAUCGUUAGGGGGUGAAACAAGAUGAAAGUUGUGUGGCUAAAGUGUGUGAUGGUGGCGGUGCUGUGCAGCAGCGCGCACAGGCUGCAGGCAUCCCCCGACUUGGAUGGAGCUGCCGGGGCCGAUGACAGCGCCUCCACCCUGGCCUUUGUGUUCGAUGUGACCGGCUCCAUGUACGACGACCUCAAGCAGGUGAUCGACGGCGCCUCGCGGAUCCUGCAGACGACCCUCAACCGGAGGACAAGACCCAUCAAAAACUUUGUCCUGGUUCCAUUCCACGACCCAGAUAUCGGCCCUGUGUCCAUCAGCACCGACCCCAUAAAGUUCCAGCAGGAUCUCCAAGAGCUGUUUGUCCAGGGUGGUGGCGACUGCCCUGAGAUGAGUGUCGGAGCCAUCAAGAAGGCGCUGGAGGUUUCGCUACCUGGAUCCUUCAUCUACGUCUUCACCGACGCUCGGGCUAAGGACUAUCGCUUGAAAAGAGAUGUUCUGCAGCUUGUGCAACUCCGUCAGUCACAGGUGGUUUUUGUGCUAACCGGGGACUGUGGGGACCGCUCCCAACCGGGCUACAGGGUCUACGAGGAGAUCGCAGCCACAUCUUCAGGGCAGAUCUUUCACCUGGACAAGCAGCAGGUCAAUGAGGUAUUAAAAUGGGUGGAAGUGACUGUUCAGGCCAUGAAGGUCCACCUGCUGUCCUCAAACCAUGACCGUGCCCAAGAGAACCAAUGGGAUGUGCCCUUUGAUCCCAGCCUCCGAGAGGUCACCGUAUCACUCAGCGGACCUGCUCCACAAAUAGAGCUCACAGAUCCUCUUGGUCGUAUAGUUGGUGAGGAGCAAGGCCUUACCGAGCUUCUGAACAUUCCCAAUUCUGCUCGUGUCGUCAACCUGAAGCUUCCCAGAUCUGGACCGUGGAAACUAAAGGUGAGCUGCGAUGGCCGCCAUACCCUGAGGGUCACAGGAGUCAGCAAUCUGGACUUCCGGGCUGGGUUUUCAAGCGUGCCUGUCAAAGAGUUUAAUCAUACAAGGGAGAGGCCGAUAAAAGGACUUCCAGCACAUGUUUUGCUCAAAUGCACAGGCCUGACACCACCGGGUCUGCUAAGUCACGUGGAUCUAAUAUCUGGCUCGGGGCGUCCCUUGCGUACCAUCCAGGUGCCUCUGCCCUCCGACCUGGGCCGGCAUGGCCUGUGGAGUCUCCCGGAGAUCCGCACCCCUUCCCAGAGCUUCUUCAUUAAGGUGACAGGCAGAGACGAGGAGGGCUAUCCCUUCCAGCGACUGUCGAGCGUCUCAUACACAAACAUCGUUCCAGAUCCCCCAGCUGUGAGCAUGCCUGAUCUGGUGAAGGGUCUCUACAUGCAGCCUGCCGUGAUCCGCUGUGCGGUGGAAAGCGACAUCCCUUACAGGCUGAGAUUUGCUAGAAGCGGAAUAACGCUGGGAGAGGAAAAGUUCUUCCAAAAAUCUGGCACUGCAUCAUGGGAGAUUGACCGCGCUUCAGCGGAGGAUGAAGGCCAGUAUGAGUGCACGGCGCAGAGUGGAGCGGGACAAGGACGCGCCUUAACCCAGCUGACUGUUCGAGAGCCUCCUCCAGUACUGAAGCCGGCGGUCAACGUGACUUCGUUAGUCGGAAGUGUGGCUGUGCUCCCCUGCCAAGUAGAGGGCUCCAUGCGCUACAACUUGACUUGGCAUCGAGCGGGACGCAGCGUCCGAGCCCGCUCGGGGAGGGUGAGGCUGCUUUCCAACUCGUCGCUGCAGAUCAGCGGUGUGCGGACUCAGGAUGCCGGGGAGUACCAAUGUGCGGCCACCAACGCCCACGGAGAUUCCAGGAUCACAGUGUGGCUCUUUGUCCCAGAGGCACCUUCUGUGGUAGUUCACCCCCAGAACCAGGUCUUCUCCCGAGGGGAUGAAAUCCGCCUCGUCUGCUCAGCGUCCGGCUCUCCCCCUCCCGUGCUCUUCUGGAGCCAUGGAAACAUGUUUCUUGCUAAUCGGCCGCGGAUGAGUCUACACCAACAAGGAGUUCUGACCAUAAGAGAGGCUCUCCCGGAGGAUGCCGGGAACUACACAUGUCUGGCAAGCAAUGUGGCCGGGACUGCAUCGCAGUCUGUCUCCAUUUCUUAUGCAGAGGUUCCAGUCAUCACCGUGGUACAACAGCUACUACUUGUAGCUGUUGGGGGUGAUGCUACUCUGGAGUGUCGGGCUAAUGGAAUACCCCCUCCACUCAUCCAUUGGUUUAAAGGGGACCUUGAAGUGGGCGCUGCUCCUUUCGUUGAGCAGGACAUCCACCGUGGGACCCUGCACAUUCGAGGGGUACAGGAAGUGGAUGCUGGUCAGUACAGCUGUGUGGCCAGCAGCCCUGCUGGGACUUCAUCUGGCACAGUCAGUCUGGAGGUUGGAGCGGGCCCUUUGUUCUCUGAAGCCCCCGUGGACACGACGGCUAACGUAGGGGAGAACAUCACCCUCCCCUGUGCGGCCCGAGGUUUCCCGCGACCGACAUUGACCUGGUACACACAAGACGGGAGACCUAUCCUCACAAGGGAAGAGACCCACGGUAGAAAAAUGCAGCUGCAGAAUGGAUUCCUCCUAAUUCAGAGUGUCUGGCUGGAUGAUGAAGGGCUCUACAUCUGUGAGGCCAAGAACCAGUUCGGAAGCAUCACGACCGAGGCCAGAGUCAGUGUCACCGGAUUAGAGCCCCCUCUCUUAGCUCAAGGUGCCCCUAUCAUCACCACUACCAUUGGUCAGUCCUUAAGUAUCCCUUGUAUGCUCUUGGCUGGGAUACCUCUACCAGAAAGACACUGGUCAAAAAAUGGAAAACCUGUUCCGCUGAAAGGGAAAAUGUUUGUGAGGAGCGAUGGAAGUUUGCACAUCGAGAGACCCGUGCCAGAGGAUGCUGGGACAUAUGUGUGCACGGCAGUGAAUGUAGUCGGCUCCAUGAACAUCACAGCGAGCCUUGAGGUGCAUGUGCCCCCCGAGAUCAACGCCGGGCCCUACCGCUACAUUGCCAAUGAAGGUGUGGCCAUCACAUUAUCAUGCGAGACAAGCGGCGUUCCCAAGCCAACUGUGGCCUGGUCCAAGGGAAGACAACCUCUGCCUCGGGACGGUGCCUCGCUUCAGGCUGACCCGAACGGAUACCUCCACAUCCCCCACCCCACCACUGACGAUGCAGGAAUAUACGUCUGCACUGCCUCCAGCUCCGUGGGUUACGCCAGUCGAGAAAUCCAGCUGAGUGUUAACACCAUGCCUGAGAUAACGGGAGUGAGCGGCCAUGAAAAAACUGUAAAAAUGGUAGCCGAAGUGGGAACUGAGGUAGUUCUGCCUUGCGAGGCCCAAGGGAGUCCGACUCCACUCGUCACAUGGAGCAGAAAUGGGCAGCCCAUCCCGCCGGUCACAGCCGGGUUCACUGUUUUGCCUUCAGGCUCCCUGAAGAUUGUUGAUGUGCGCCUGAUUGAUAGUAAGCUGUACACCUGCACAGCAGAGAACCCAGCCGGCAACGUGUCCCUAAGCUACAAUUUACAGAUCCAAGACAAGCCCAGGAUUCAACCGGCACCCCCACUACUAAAAGCCCUGGUCGGCCAAACAGUCACGUUGCCAUGUGUGGUCCAAGGAGAGCCGACCCCGGAGGUCAAUUGGUUUCACAAUGGUCUUCCUGUUGGGGUCAGGAACUCUUCACCCCUCAAGAUACAGAAAGUUGGCCUAGCUGACAAGGGAACCUACCUGUGUGUGGCCAGGAACAGCGCUGGGGAGGAGACCCUGCAGAUUACAUUGGAAAUUCUCGAGGCCCCGUCCUUUGCAGAACCAGGCGAUGCAUUCAUGGAGAAAAUAGCUAACAGCAAAGUCAUCAUCGCCUGUCCUGCUGAAGGAUCUCCACAUCCCAAGGUGCGCUGGUUCAAGAAUGGUCUGGAGAUACGUUCCGGACAGUCUGACUUUUCUGUAACAAGGGAUGGAGCUCUCGUAAUAAGCAGAGCGUCCGCCAGCCACAGUGGGGAUUUUAAAUGUGUGGCAACGAAUGAGGCUGGCUCUGUGGACAGGAAGACCAGGCUGAAAGUGAAGGUUCCUCCUGAAAUCCAAGAUGACGGGCAGGCAUUAAACCUCACUGUGACCUUAAAGCAGCCCCUCACUCUAGGAUGUGAUGCCUUUGGUAUUCCCUCACCCACAAUCACUUGGACUAAAGAUGGCCAUCCUGUGAACGGCCUUGGCUCGUAUCUCCAAAAUGGGAAUCGGCUGCUCAGAAUUUACAGAGUCCAGCCAGAACAUGCUGGAGUUUUUACCUGCAUAGCUCAAAACUCAGCUGGAGAAGCGCACCGGGAAUAUCACAUUGUGGUACAAGCUCCACCAGUGAUCUCAGGAACUUCUAAACUGCAAGAGUUAACUUCCAUUCUGGGCCAGGAAGUGGAAUUCCACUGCAGAGUUAGUGGGCGCCCAGCACCUAAAGUGGAAUGGAGCCGCGAUGGAGAGGUUCUUUCCCGGGAUGGAGAUCCACAUGUGGAGUUCCUGGAAGACGGCCAGGUACUGAAAGUGAAGACAGUCCGGCUGAGAGAUCAAGGACUUUACCAGUGUCUGGCCAGCAACAAUGCAGGGACUCAAGUGCGGCAGUUCAGAUUCACAGUGCAAGCUCCCCCCGUGAUCAAGGGUCCCAGUGAAACCUCAGAGGUGUCAGUGGUGCUGGGUUUCCCUACGGUCCUGCCCUGCGACGUAGAUGGUUCACCCACACCCAGUAUCACCUGGUUGAAAGACAACCAGCCCAUUGUGUCCAGCCCCCAGCUGACCUACACACAGGGCGGGCAGGCUUUAAGGGUGGGCUCAGCACAAGGAGACAGCACUGGCCUCUAUACGUGCCGUGCCUCCAAUCCAGCCGGCACUGCCGUCAAGCACUAUACUCUCAGUGUUCUGGUGCCCCCACAGAUAGAAGGAGACUCUCCAACCUUAGGCACUCGAGAAGAGAAAGUACGAAUCAAUGGCAGUUUGACUCUUUCCUGCCUUGCUAAAGGUUUCCCUGAGCCCAAAGUCGCCUGGUUCAAAGAUGGGCAGCUCUUGACAGGAAACAACCAUGUUGGCAUUCAGGAGCGUGGAUACUUUCUGCACUUAGAGAAUGCGAUGUUGUCCCAUGAAGGCCAGUACACCUGUGUGGUCACCAACUCUGCAGGAGAAGACAAGAGAUACUUUCAUGUUGCGAUACAAGUUCCUCCGGUCUUCCACCGUGUGAGUAACAGAGAAGCAGCCUGGGGUCUGGAAGAUCGUGAGGAUGACAAGAAUGAGGGAAUGGUCGAGAAGCGAGAGGUGGUCCUCGGCCAUCCCAUCAGCCUCUCUUGUGAGAGUAACGCCAUACCACCACCCAAGCUUAAUUGGUAUAAAGAUGGACAGAAGCUCACUAGCGCUGAUGGAGUUCUUUUACUGCCAGGUGGACAGGUGCUACAAAUUGCCCAAGUGCAGAAAGAAGAUGCAGGACGGUAUACAUGUGAGGCAGUCAAUGAGGCCGGAGAAGACCAGAUGCACUUUGAAGUGGAGGUCUUGGUCUCACCCGUGAUCGUGAGCACGUCAGAGGAGUUCAUGGAGGAAAUAGGAGCAGUGGUCAACAGCACCGUGGUCUUGCACUGUGACGCGUCAGGACAUCCGAGUCCCGAUAUCUCAUGGCUUAGAGACGGACAGCCAGUUGACAUAGACUCAGACCAUCUUAUAAGUGAAGACGGAACACAACUCCAGUUGCCCAGUGUAAAGGUGUCAGACAUGGCCGGGUACUUGUGUGUAGCUGAAAACAAGGUUGGGUCGGUUGAGAAGCUGUUCAGUCUGACAGUUCAAGUGCCCCCAAGAAUAAUAGGUCCUAAAGAGGAGGAGCUUAGCAUCACUGCGGGUCACAUGGUGUCAUUGCUCUGCGAUGUCCAAGCAUACCCUCCGCCAGAAAUAACCUGGACCAAAGAUGGGCAGAUACUCCAAUUCAGUACUGGUAUCCACAUUCUGCCAGGUGGCCAGAUGCUGCAGCUGCCUCGGGCCAGAGUCGAGGAUGCAGGACAAUACGUGUGCACAGCCUCUAACUCCGCUGGCCAAGACCAGAAGAGUCUUGUCCUCAGUGUUUAUGUCCUGCCCACCCUGAAGUCUCGUCUGGAUGCUGAGUCAGACUUGCUGACCCCGCAGCUUGGCUCCUCCGUCAUUCUGCGAUGUGAGGCCCACGGUGUCCCUGAGCCUGACGUCACGUGGUAUAAAAAUGGACUCCAACUGGUGACAGGGAAUGGACUGAGGACAGAUCGCCACCAACUGGAGAUCACAGGGGUUCAGAUGGCGGAUGGUGGUACCUACACCUGCAAAGUGUCCAAUGUUGCUGGCCAAGUAGAUAGGACAUUCAGGCUGGCAGUUUAUGUUCCACCUGCUCUGGACGGGCCUCUCCAGGAAUCCCUAAACCACACCCUGGGCUCUCAUGUAUCUCUGCGAUGUGAGGCUUCAGGGGUCCCCGUGCCAAGCAUCACAUGGCUCAAAGACGGAACACCUAUUGAAAGCAGCUUACAGUGGCAGUGGUCUAUUAGAGGGAACCGUCUUGAGCUGGGGCCUCUUACACUUUCCCAUGCCGGAACCUACACGUGUGUGGCCAAGAAUAGUGAAGGCCAGGAACAAAAGGACUUCAUGCUCACAGUGCAGGUAUCCCCUACCAUCCUGGACUCUGACCAUCCAUCUGAGAUCAGUGCACCCACGGGAGAAGAAGUCACACUUGAGUGCAAAGCAGCAGGAAACCCCUCACCUCACCUGAGCUGGCUUAAAGACGGCGUAACUUUGGAAGGGUCAGAUGCUCGGCACAUUGCUUCGACUCCUGAUGGCAGCACUUUAACUUUGCUGAGGCUUAGUCCUGAGGAUUCGGGAACAUACACAUGUGUGGCCGUCAGUCCUGCUGGCCAGGAGAGCCAAAUCUACACCCUCUUUGUCCUCGUACCGCCAUCUAUCUCGGGUGAGACCACAGAGCCCAGAGAGGUGCAGGUCACACAGGACAGUGCUGUGACUCUAGAGUGUCAUGCAGAAGGAAAUCCUCCCCCUCAGAUCAGCUGGCUAAAGAAUGGCCAACCGCUACUUCUAUCACCUCGCACACGCCUCGUCUCUGGUGACUCUGUGUUGAGGAUUUCUGCUUUACAGUUGUCAGAUGCUGGAGUCUACACAUGCAUAGCUCGCAGUCCGGCUGGUCUGGCUGAGCUCAGCUACGAUGUCCAGGUGCAAGUCCCCCCUGGUGUGGAUUAUGUGGAACCGGUGGAACCAGUAACAGUAGUCAAGGGCUCCUUGGUAACGUUGACCUGUGAAGCCCGUGGCAUCCCUCCGCCAACACUGACAUGGAUGAAGGACGGCCAGCCUUUGUCACUUCAUCGGAACCUGCUGCUGGAUGGACAGGAGACACGGCUGCAGCUGGCUGACGUGGCCCCCUCAGAAGCAGGCCUUUACAGCUGCGUCGCCAGCAACCAGGCUGGAAGCAGCACAAAGACCUUUAACCUCACCGUACUAGAGCCUCCAAGGAUAUCCCGCUCUCAGGGCACCCCAGAGGAGCUGACCAUUGCAGUUAACAGCCCACUGGAGCUGGAGUGCUUGGCAGAGGGAGUACCCCCUCCCACCCUAAGCUGGCUCAAGGAUGGUCAGUCCCUGGAAGGGAAUGACAUCAUUCAGGAGGACGGACACAUUCUCAGUAUCAGCAAAGUUCAGGUUGAGGAUGCAGGUCUAUAUACUUGCUUGGCCAGCAGUCCGGCUGGAGAGGAUGGGAGAAACCAUUGGAUCCGCGUGCAAGUCCCACCGACGCUUCUUGGCUCUGAAGAUGUGAGAACGUUGACGGUGCCAGUUAAUGGACAUUUGACCCUGGAGUGCCUGGCGGACAGUGACCCUCCUCCUGAUAUCGAGUGGUUCAAAGAUGAGGUCAAGAUGCCGCUGGGUGGUCGUAUUCAGCGGCUUGCGGGAGGACAGUACCUUGAGAUACAAGAUGCUAGAACCGAGGACAGUGGCCAUUACAGUUGUGUGGUCACCAACAUGGCUGGCAGCACCAGUCUCUUUUUUACGGUGGAGAUUCUCUUGCCGCCAGUUAUAAAGGAGAGCAGCGCGGUAGUGACAGCUCAUUUGGGCCAGGAUGCAGUUAUACCCUGUGAAGUCCAGGAUGGCUCAUCGCCAACGAUUAUGUGGAGAAAAGAUGGCUUCCCAAUAAUUCACGAUAAUAGCAAGUACAGCAUGCUAUCUGAAGGCUCCUUGCGUGUGCAAGAGGUUCAGCUGAGCGAUGCUGGCCGCUACCACUGCACGGCAUCAAACCAGGCGGGCUCAGACCACAGGGGAAUGGAUCUUCGAAUAUUUGUGGGUCCUUCGGUCAGCCCAGGUCCGUUCAAUGUGACAGUAACCAUGGGGCUCAGAGCUGUCCUGAGCUGUGAGACUACAGGAAUACCACCCCCUAAAGUAUCUUGGAAAAGGAAUGGCUCCCCUCUUGAUGUCAAUCAGCAACCUGGUGCAUACAGGUUACUAUCCUCGGGUUCCUUGGUACUUUUGUCGCCAGCCGAUGAGGAUGAAGGUUACUUUGAGUGCACUGCUGUUAAUGAUGUUGGAGAGGAGCGCAGAGUCAUCGAGGUCAAGCUGCAAGUGCCGCCAUCUAUUGAAGACGACGUCACAACAAUCACAGCCGUGAAAAUGUCCGCUGUGGAGCUACCUUGUCACGUUGAAGGACGACCUCGGCCUACCGUGUCUUGGAAGAAAAGUGGAGCCCAGCUGGGAUCCAGAGGUGGAAGUUAUCGCAUCCUUCCUACUGGGGUGCUGGAGAUAACUGCUGCAUUACCGAGCCAUGCCGGCAGGUACACUUGCUCAGCACGAAACCCGGCCGGAGUAGCUCACAAACACAUCUCCCUCACAGUGCAUGAACCUCCAGAGAUCGGGCCGAUGACGGAGGAAGUACAAGUGGUGUUACACCAUGGGACUAUCCUGCACUGUGAGGUUCAAGGAUUUCCCAGACCGUCCAUCACCUGGCAAAGAGAGGGUGUUCCCAUAUCAGCAGGUCACAGGCUGGCAGUGCUCUCAAACGGUUCCCUGAAGUUUUCUCGCGUCACACUUGGCGAUGCAGGGACGUACCAGUGCUUGGCAAAAAAUGAAGCUGGCGUGGCUGUUGGCAGAACCAAACUGGUGCUGCAAGUUCCACCGGUGCUGAGUGUGCCCCAUGUGGAGUACACGGCUGUGCUGGGCCAAGCAGCCAGUCUGGACUGUGUAGCUGAUGGUCAGCCCCAACCAGAAGUUACUUGGCACAAAGACAGGAGAUCUAUCGUCGACAGCGCCCUUAUACACAUGUAUGCAAAUGGAACCUUGGUGAUUACCUCCACCCAGCGCAGUGAUGCCGGCCUGUAUACGUGUACCGCCAAGAAUCUCGCCGGUAGAACCAGCCAUGAUAUCAGACUGGUUAUUCAAGUUCCCCCCAUGAUUCCUCCUGGGCAAGCAGAGAUGUCCGUUAUUCAAGGAUUUCAAGCGUUGCUACCCUGUGCGGCUCAGGGUUCACCAGAUCCCAAGGUAUCCUGGGAAAAAGACGGUGACGUCUUGCUUAGCCUUCCUGGCAAAUUCACGGUCCUGCGUUCAGGGGAGCUGAUUAUCGAAAGGGCCGAGCCAGGAGACGCUGGUGUGUUCACAUGUGUGGCGACCAAUGCUGCGGGUUCUGCAAGACAGGACACCCACUUGUCCAUCAACAUGAGACCCGUCUUCAAGGAACUACCUGGUGAUGUAACGUUGAACAGAGGACAGGCCCUCACCAUGUCCUGUCAUGCUCAAGGAACGCCUCCUCCGGUCAUCUCCUGGACUGUUAACCACCUGCCAUAUUCAGGUGCCAUUAUUGACGAGGCAGGUAGGAGCACCGUGAUGCUUGACAACGUUUCCUUGACCGAUGCCGGGACGUAUGUGUGUAUUGCUGAAAACAGCGUGGGCUCCAUCCGAGCGCUGUCUUUUGUCCGUGUCAGAGAGCCUCCGGUGUUGAAAGGUGACGCUCACACAUCUCAGACGGUCAUUCAGGGCGGCUCUGCUGUGCUGGACUGUCCAGUCCACGGAGACCCCAACCCUGUUAUCCACUGGCUACGGAAUGGGAAACAACUCCACCGCUCUGGCCGAACGCAGGCACUUCACAAUGGAUCAUUGGUCAUCUACAGCGUCAUUGUGACAGAUGAAGGGGAGUACCAGUGUGUGGCGGAGAGUGAAGCUGGGUCCGCUGAACGGACCAUUACUCUGAAAGUUCAGAUCAAUGGAGGCUAUUCCAACUGGCAGGACUGGGGUCCCUGCAGUAGCACCUGUGGACAAGGCUUCCAAGAGCGCAUUCGAGUUUGCGACAACCCAAAACCAACAAAUGGUGGACGGUCAUGCAGCGCGCCAAGUACUGACUCCAGAAAAUGUCAAGCUGGCCUUUGUCCAGGUGAAACCCCCCGCAAGACCAGAGGUAGCCUGAUUGGAAUGGUAAAUGAGAGGGAGUUUGGAGUCUCAUUCCUGGAGGCCAACAUCACAGAUAACGAAGAGGAGGGCAGCAGCUUUUUGCAGGCCCGUCUGGACAACAUUCCUCCAAGUGUGGGUCCCUUGCUGCGUGUAUUGGUGUCGGUUUUUGCCCCCAUCUACUGGACCACAGUGCUGCAGAAUGGAGCCACCAAGAACGGCUACUCCUUCACACAGGGACGAUUCAGGCAGGAGUCUCAGCUGGAAUUUGACACAGGAGAGGUCCUUCGUCUGACCCACGUGGCCAGAGGACUGGAUUCUGAAGGAGUUUUACUGAUUGACAUCGUCAUCAACGGAUAUGUCCCGUCUUCGUUGACAACCUCACAUUUAAGCCUCCAGGAAUUUGACGAGUCCUACGUGCAGACAGGCCAGGGGCAGAUGUACUCGUGGUCGUCACAGUCCCACCAGAGAGGCGGCAGCCCUAUGGUGCUGCGUUGCAACCACACCAUUAUUUACGAGGGUCAAGAGGAGCGUCACGGCCCUCUGCUCCAGCUGCUGAAGGUUUCUGGGAUGGACAGCGUCUACAAUAUGCUCACUCUCACGCUAGACUUUGACUUCACCGCCAGUCUUCUCAUACCAGAUGGACAUGCCGAAACUUGCCCUAAAGGCUUUAUCCUUGACACCACCUCAUAUUGCGCUGAUGAAGACGAAUGUGCACUUCAGUCUCCCUGCUCUCAUUCGUGUAACAACAUCAUGGGAGGGUUUUCCUGUGUGUGUCCUUCUGGCUUUACCAUCUCCAUGGAAACCAACACGUGCCAAGAUAUUGACGAGUGUGCCCAGGACUCACAUAUGUGCCACUACAACCAGCAGUGCGUCAACACUGCCGGCACGUAUCGUUGCCAAGCUCAGUGCGGAGAAGGAUUCAAACCCAGCGUCACAGGAACAAGCUGCGAAGAUGUGGACGAAUGCCGUGAAUCUGCCCUAUCCCCUUGUCAGCAUCAGUGUCUCAACACUCUUGGCUCCUACCGCUGCAUAUGCCAUCCUGGGUACCAGUUGUCAGGACACCACUGCAUCGAUAUUAAUGAGUGUAUGAGGAACGUAUGUCCAGCUCACCAGCAGUGUCGUAACACAGACGGAGGGUACCAAUGUUUUGACAGCUGCCCCGCUGGCAUGACCGAAGCCGAGAACGGAGCCUGCGUGGAUAUCGACGAGUGUCAGGACGGGAGUCACAUGUGUCGCUACUCACAGAUCUGUCAGAACACAUUCGGCGGUUACGGUUGUAUAUGUCCCAGAGGGUACCGAUCGCAGGGAGUUGGCCUCCCAUGUUUGGACGUGGAUGAAUGCCUGCAGACUCCGAGUCCUUGCGUCUAUCAGUGCCGCAAUGUGCCGGGUAGCUUCAGGUGCAUGUGUCCGCCUGGUACCCACCUGCUCGGGGAUGGGCGCUCUUGUGCGGGGCUGGAGAGGGGACAGACCUUCACUAAUGGAACCAGAGUGAGGGCAAGACUUCGGCCACAGCUGGUGUCUUCCAUUGGUAGACCGAUUCUAUCUCGCCCUCAUGGAGUUUCCCGCAUUACCAGGCAGAGUUGUCCUGUUGGAUACACAAGCAAAGAUGGCAAGUGUGUUGACGUGGACGAAUGUCUGCUCAGGAAGCCGUGCCAACAUGAGUGCCGAAACACUAUUGGCAGUUUCCAGUGUCUGUGUCCUCCAGGCUACCAGCUGCUCCCCAACGGCAGGAACUGUAAAGACAUUGAUGAGUGUUUGCAACAAGGCGUUGAGUGUGGCCACAAUCAGAUGUGUUUCAACACCAGGGGAGGUUAUCACUGCCUGGACACUCCCUGCCCCGCAUCCUACCAGCGUGGGAGAAGCCCAGGGACUUGCUACAGGCCAUGUUCUCGGGACUGCGCCACAGGAGGUUCACCUCUGCUCCUACAGUACAAACUCCUCACUCUUCCCUCCGGCAUACCAGCCAAUCACAACGUGGUACGUUUGUCGGCUUUCUCGGAGUCAGGCGUCCUGCAGGAGAGCACGUCUUUUCUCAUACUGGAGCAAGAAUCCGAAGCCGGUCCAAGCGGCCGCAUGUUUGGCAUCAGGGACGAAGCAGGAAGGGGAAUCAUCUUCACACUGCAGCUUCUGGACCGACCAGGUCUAACGCGGCUCAAGGUGCAAGCCACCACCAUUUCGCAGCAGGGUCGUGUGACCUAUCGGAGUAUUUUCAUCAUCUACAUAUCCAUCUCGCCGUUUCCCUACUGAGCAUCCUUAGUGACUUUGCUCCGUAUAAGUCUUUGAAACCAAAGGCCGUUCCCCAGAACUCUGUCCGACAAAGAGGACAUGGUCAGUCAGAGAACACUCAGAUGUGUUCCUAUCUGUGACUGACUAAAACAAAGAACUAAACAUUUGUACUGAGAAGUGAAUACGUCCAAAUAUCUUUUCCCCAAAAAUUGAAAGUGCAAUGCAUCUAUUAUUUACUGUAAGUUGUCAAACUCACUUUCAUCAUGGGGCCACAUCGCAGUCCUGGCCGGGGGCCAUCAGAAGUUAGUCCUCCCAGGAUUUUGCAAUGUGGCGAUCGUACCAAUUCACGCAUAUUCAACCAAUCUCUCGCAAGUUUGUCCAAUCCCUGCAAGUCAUCGACAUUUUAACCAAUCGAAUUUGUCCCAGCGGUGCUCGAACACAACGUCCAACCAAUCAUAUGCCUCCCUGGACAAUUUUUUCCACAACUUUUUGAAAAUGCUGCAACGAAAAAACCUGUAGAACUCUGGAGAGACUGGCUAUUACACAGUUACUUCGCUUGAUUAUUAUCAUUGUUUACCAACAAAGUGAUGUAAAACAUGCUUCGGAUCGGCAGUCAAAAGUAAAUAGCAGAUGUUUAAAGGGAAACUGCACUUUUUGGGGGGAAUUUCGCCUAUUGUUCACAAUCAUUAUGAAAGACAUGACAACGGAUCAAUUUUUUUUUUUUAAUGCAUUCUAACAUGGAAAUAAAAGCUCCAUAAGCCUGUAAAGGCCUUAGUGGCCACAUGCGUGGACAGCAGCUUUUAGCUCUUAUUUCCAAAUGUGUGUACACUACUGAAUUGGGGUCUUAUGCCGACAUAUGGACACUUAUACUGCCAUCUGGUGGUGUCAGAAGAGUAUAACAUACAAUGGAAUUUGGAAAAAAAUAGUGUAAAAAUAAAAAUUAGCAUGUCACCACACAUGAAGUACACAUUAGUGUACUUACGGACUAAGUACAUCAUAUAAAAAGAUGAUUUUUAGUUUUUAUUUUGAUUAGGGUCCAAUAAGCCCAAAUAGCAAAGAGAUAAAAAAAAUCAUGUAAACCAUGGGUGUCAAACUCUGGCCCGCGGGCCAAAUUUGGCCUGCCGUGUAAUUUAAUUUGGCCCUUGAGGCAAUAUCAAAUUAACAUUACAGCUGGCCCGCCGUUAUUACACAGCAGCUGUGCCGCUGUAACACCGCAAUUUCUCACACUUCCCAAUCCUCCCGAAGUUCAGUGCCCCUCCCGAGGCACGCAUUCUCCCGAUUUCCACCCGGACAACAAUAUCGAGGGCGUGCCUUAAAGGCACUGCCUUUAGCAUUCUCUACAACCUGUCGUCACAUCCGCAUUUCCUCCAUACAAACAGCGUGCAGGCCCACUCGCAUAAUUAUUACACACACAUACGUGAAUGCAACGCAUACUUGGUCAACAGCAAUACAGGUCACACUGAGGGUGGCUGUAUAAACAACUUUACUACUGUUACAAAUAUGCGCCACACUGUGAACUCACACCAAACAAGAAUCACAAACACAUUUCGGGAAAACAUGUGCACUGUAACAUAACAUAGACACAACAGAACAAAUACCCAGAACCACUUGCAGCAUUAACUCUUUCGGGACGCUACAAUAUAUUUUGAUAUUUACCUCAGAAGGCUGCAAAUAGAAAAGAGGCAUUUAGUUUGUAUUUAAAUUUGAUUUGAUAUGCCAUUGAUAUUUUUUAAUUAUUAUUAUUAUGAUUUGAAACUCGAUUUUGCAUGUCACUAUAAAGUUAUAUAAGCCUUGCUUGUUCAAUAUUUAAUGCAAAACUUGUUUGGGUCCCUAUUAAAAUGUUAAUUUGUUCAACCUUGGCCCACAACUUUGUUCAGUUUUAAAUUUUGGCCCACUCUGUAUUUGAGUUUGACACCCCUGAUGUAAACAAACAGCUUGGGCCUUAAGAGGUUAAAGCCAACAGGAGCACCCAUAAAAUCUAAUAAAUAACCAUUAAAAAAACGCCAACAAUACUCCAUUUACAUUUUGUGUUUUGAAUAUUACCCAUUAUAUUGUUAUUGUUAUUAUAAGCGCUAACUCAGACAUGCUAUUUAUAGCGGCGCCGUCAUCACCUCCACGUGUCCCUAUGUUUGCCUCAUCGAAUGGUCUCCUGCUUCCUCGCUUCCUUGAUCCCUGCACGUUUAUUGUAGAUCAUAAAUCAUGCAUCUCACCCGGACAGAAGAAAUCUGAGUAGGUAAUCCGACGAGUUUGUACACUUCUUGACAGUCAUUUAGAGCCCGAAAUUGUCCCCCGCAUCUUUUUUCUUCGUGGAGAUUAUGUCAUCUGUCAUCUUAAUGACAGUAUGUGAUGUUUUAUUAUGUUUGUUGGCUCUCAUAAAAUCUGCAGUGAGUAAUAAUCAGUGAUGAUUAAGAAAAUAAAUAGCAUAUGUGAUGCGUUUUUUUAAAUGAAUGCGCCACAUAUGCUUAAAAUGAUCUAAAUACGUAAAUAUUAGAUGUUAUUAUGAAUAUAUUCUUUACUGCAUUACAUAUAUACUUACAUUUAGAGAUGUCCGAGAAUGGCUUUUUUGCCGAUAUCCAACAUUCCGAUAUUGUCCAACUCUUAAUUACUGAUUCUGAUAUCAACGGAUAACAAUAUAUACAGAUUUGGAAUUAACUCAUUAUUAUGUCUAAUUUUGUUCUGAUGUCCCACUGGAUGCUUUAAACAAUGUAACAAGGUUGUAUCGGGGGGUGUAUAUUGUAACUGUCAGAGGUAGUCUGUGACGAACCCCAAGAUGCAGAGAAGGAGGCAGGCUUUGAGUAAGGAAACAUGAUUUAAUUAAAAUACCAGGACAAGAACAAACAAAAAGGGUACUGACAAAAAGCGCACAAGGCGGAUAACAAACUAAAAGAGCUAGCAUGGGAGCUAGACGAUAACGAGCAGGAAAUAUAAAUCCUUACUUGUAGUAUGAAAACAAACUAGAAGCAGUGAACAAAAAACAGUAAGCUAUAAACAGCUACCGAAAUUUAGCUUACCGCUACGCUGCAAAGACGCAACACGACACGACAGGAGCGACAAUACAUGACAAUAAUCCAGCACAGACUGGAGGAGAAAACAGGUCUAUAUAGGAGCAGGCUGAUUGACACCAGGUGUGGCCAGGUGCCAAUCAGCCGUAGCUGAGGGGACACAGCACACAGGGAGAAAGACAGGAAGCCAACAAAAUAAGAGUGCUGACAGGAAACACUACACACACACAGAGGAAAAAAAGACAAAUGCAGAGGAAAAACUAAAACAUAGUCAAACUGUCAGGGACAAACCUGACAGUAACGUCCCAGAAGAGUUAGUGCUGCAAGGGGUUCUGGGUAUUUGUUCUGUUGUGUUUAUGUUGCGUUACGGUGCGGAUGUUCUCCCGAAAUGUGUUUGUCAUUCUUGUUUGGUGUGGGUUCACAGUGUGGCGCAUAAUUGCAACACUGUUAAAGUUGUUUAUACGGCCACCCUCAGUGUGACCUGUUUAGCUGUUGACCAAGUAUGCGUCGCAUUUACUUGUGUAUGUGAAAAGCCGUAGAUAAAGGCAGUGCUUUUAGGGUUUAUUGGCACUCUGUACUUCUCCCUACGUGCGUGUACACAGCGGCGUCUUAAAAAGUCAUACGUUUUAUCUUUUGAAACCGAUACCAAUAAUUUCCGAUAUUACAUUUUAAAGCCAAUAAUAUCUUCAGUCCGAUAUUAUCGGACAUCUGGACUCACAUUAUGUAUAUAAAAUGUGUUUGGAUGUGGUUUUAAGGGUUUUAUAGGCAGAACUGCACAGCUCCCAUAAGCUCCAUUGUAAGUGAACUUUUGAUGGCAUUUAUUUAAUAUUUUGAAUGCAAAAAAAAAAACAUCAAUCGUCAUGUCUUUCAUAAUGAUUGUGAAUGAUAGGCAAAAUAAAAAAAAAAUGUAAAAAGCCCCUUUAAGAGUAGCUAGUGUAUAAAGGGUUUUCAUGACAAAAAAAAACACCUUGUUGUAGCAAACAAUAUCGAGCUAAGAAUUGCAUUUAAAUGGUUCAAAAUGCUGUGAUGAGGUGGCGACUUGUCCGCCCGAUUAAUGCUGAGAUAGCCACCAGCACCCACCCCCGCCACCCCAUAGGGAAUAAGCGGUAGUAAAUGGAUGGACGGACGGUUCAAAAUGUUAAUGCACGAAUCAAAAAUGAUUAAAUGCCGUAUUGACAGACUAUUUUACCAGGUGAUGAGUUUGACACCUGUGCUGUGAGCACUGAGAUUAACAAACAAGCAGAAUCUAACUCUCUUUCAGUGUUUAAAUGUGUUAUUCACCAGUAGAGGAUGUUUAAUGAGAGGAAACAUAAGCCCAAGUAGCCCUGAGAAGAGUGUGUUUAUUCGUAAUAACAAUGCACAGUUUGUCCAACAACUUUUCCCAUUUUUAGUAUUUAUUUCAUCUACUUGAGCCACCUGUCGUGUUUUUGUACUCUUUGCAUUUUGGUAGAAUGUAAAUAUGUUUCAAAGUGCCUUUCUGGAUGUAUCACAAACCGUGAGUGGACGUGAUUCAACUGGUGCUGAAGUUCUACAGCAGGGGUGUCCAAAGUGGGGCCCGCAGGUAAUUUUUUAAUGGCCCUACGGCACAUUUGAAAAAUACAACAUUUUUAAAACGUAAAAAGUGAUAUAAAGGAGAAAACGGGUGAAAUGUAACAAGAAAAUGUUGCAAUGUUUGCUCCAAUAACACAAAGCUGCCAUGCAGGCUGUUUCUUUCUUUACAAAAUAAUAAUGAAUCAAAAUCAAUGUCAUUAUGAAUUAUUGACCUAUUCAAGGCUCCAAUUACGUCAUGUUAAUUCGUCCACUUUGAGAUAUUUUUGGGGAAAAUGGUGCAUAUUUUGUGUUUGCCUUAUUAAAACUGAGCUGUUUUUUUUUUAAAGGACCUAAAAUGAACAAACAUAAACAACAAUAAAACUUAUAAGUGACAGAUAGAUCUGAAGUUGAUCUCGAGAUUAUUGUGUUAAAAUUAAAGAGUAAAAAAAAUGUUUAAUUUAUUUUCUAACACUUUAAUGAGUAGGACCCUUUUGGAUCCCCAAUAAUUUUAGUGUGAUUUGUUUUUUAACGUCAUUGCUCGAAAAAUAAUAAUUAAAAUCAAUGGUGUUUGUGAGUUAUUGACCUUUUUUAAUGCUCCAAUUAUUAUAUCAUCUGAAAUAUUCCGCUUAAAAAAAUAUUGGGUGAAAAUAUUGCGUAUUUUGUGAUUUUUCCAUUAAAAAACAUGUUUUUUGUGACAAAAAGAGAUUACAACUUACAUUUUUUUAAAUCAUUAUAUUGACAGACCUAAUGUUGAUUUAAAACUUGAAUAAUAAUUAAAAUAAUACUGAAUAAUGACACAUUUUUCAAAUAUUUUUUGAUAUAAACCCUUUGGGGUACCUGGGAUCAAGCCUGAGUGGAGGGCGAAAUGAAUAUUUUUUUUAUACAUAUAUUGUAUUGUUUUUUAAAAUAAAAUCGGAUUUUUCAGUGUGCGGCCCUCAGUGGAUAAAGUUUGGACACCCCUGUUCUACAGAGAACACCAUUUUUACAAGCACUUCUUGGUUGUGUGGUGCGGAUGAAAAAAGCUUUACGUUGAUGACAUUUAACACAAUAUGAUGUGUGAUCUUGUGGUGCUGAUAUACAUAACAAGCGGAAAAAGUUAGCUUUUGUAUUUUUUUUUUAGUGAACAAAGUGCUGAGCCUACACAUAUUUUAUUGUAAAUGUUAUGUUGAAUAUGUGCAGGAAUAAAAAAAAUACAACACUUUUUAAAA